AGUUUAGUUUCUCCCUGGUUUUGCGGCCAGUUCCGUGCCUGUGGAGCUUCCUGUGCCAGCAUGCGGCCAUGCAGACAUGGGGAACUCCUCGUCGCAUGCACCCAAAAUGCUCGCUCCCGUCGCCUCUGGGUCCCUCCGAAACCCCCCUGUCGUGAGCUUGCUCUCGGAGCAGCUGUACCCCCAAAUGCUCUCUCACUCCUCCGUCGCUCUCAAAUCCAUGUUGCGACCACGCCCAGCCCGCCCCAACAAGGCCACUCGUGAAUUCUUGAGUAGGUCAGGCCACGAGAUCGACUGCUGCUCUUAUCCUAUUUUUCUCCCUCUCAUCCUAACGCAUGGCGGACGAGCAGGAGAUGGUUGAGGAGCAGGCGGUGGUGGAGGAACAGUACACGCGGCCUCAGGGACUGUACCGCCAUCGCCACUUAGACUUGGAGGAGCUCCGGCGACUAAUUCUUGACGCGAAGCUGGCUCCGUGUCACGUGGGGAAGGAUGAAUUUAGCCACGACCUGGACGAAUGUCCGAUAUGCUUCCUGGGCUAUCCUAGUCUAAACUGGAUGAGCUGUUGCAAGAAAGGAAUGUGCACGGAAUGCUUCCUUGUUGUGAAGUGUCCUGCUACUCACAGCAUCCAAUGGUGUCCCUUUUGUGUGACUGCUGGAGCUUCUGUGGAGUACCGGGGCAAGCGCACUGCAGAGGAGAGGAUGAUGGAUAUGGAGGAAGAUCAGAAGGCGAUUGAAGCAGAGAUAAAGGCAAGGAGAGGCAAGGAGGUUGCAUGCGCUGCUGCUCUGCUUGCUGAUCAGAACGAUCCAUCCACGACUGAAGCUGGGGACGAAAUGCAUGAUGACACAUGCCCCUUCGCUGCAAGUCUCUCCAAUGAAGAGGAGCAGAGAGCCAUCGAAGAGGAAAUCAGACGGAUCCAGGAGCAGGAGGCGUUCGCUGCAAGCCUUGCUGAUAUGGAUGAGCAAAGGAUGAUUGAAGCGGAAAUUCGAAUGCGCCAGGAAGAGGAGGCGUAUUCUGCGCUUAUGGCUGGGCAGAUAGCAGCACUGGAUGAACCUACCAGCGCAUCUGCAGCACCAGCGCCUUCCCCCUCUGGCAAUCCCUCUGGCAACCCCUCUGCUUCCACCUCAGCAGCAGCAGCAGCACCACCAGAGUCUAGUGGCAUGGACGCUACAGCAGUUGUCACCGCUGCUGCUGCUUCUGCCACUGCUUCUGUUCCGGCUGCUGCAAGUGUCACUGCGGGUGCUUCAGCAUCAACAGCAGACGGCAGCCAGGAUUCUGACGUGGUGGAAGUUAUUCAUGAGGGGGCUGGCUUGGCAGCAGAAGCCAUGGAAGAUGGCGAAAGAGACGAGGAGGAGGCUGCAGCAUUUACAGUCGAGGCUGCACCAGCAGAGGCCGGUGUAAACACGUCAGCUUCAGCUUCGGUUUUAGGAGCAGCUGCAGGUGCUGCAGCAUCGCAAGGACCAGCAGCACCAGCAGCCGCAUCUGUACCAGCAUAAAAUUGGAAAGUGAAAAAAGGUGUGGUCUACUAGCUGGUUGUACUGAUGACUGUACACGUGCACUUGUAUGAUCUCUCUUAGGUAUGGUUUCUUCCUCUUGGUGCCCUCUCCAUUGCCAUUCUUCCAGGUGAUCCAGGUUGUUGUGACCAUGCCAGGAGAAGAACGGCCCCGGCAGGUUGUUGUGACCAUGCCGGGAGAGGAACAGCCCCGGCAGGUUGUUGUGACCAUGCCGGGAGAAGAACGGGCCCGGCAGGUUGUUGUGACAAUGCCGGGAGAAGGACGGCCCCGGCAGGUUGUUGUGACCAUGCCGGGAGAAAAACGGCCCCGGCAGGUUGUUGUGACCAUGCCGGGAAAAAAACGGCCCUGGCAGGUUGUUGUGACCAUGCCGGGCGAAGAACGGCCCCGGCAGGUUGUUGUAACCAGACCAUGCCGGGAGAGGAACGGCCCCGGCAGGUUGUUGUGACCAUGCCGGGAGAAGAACGGCCCCGGCAGGUUGUUGUGACCAUGCCGGGAGACGAACGGCCCCGGCAGGUUGUUGUGACCAUGCCGGGAGAGGAACGGCCCCGGCAGGUUGUUGUGACCAUGCCGGGAGAGGAACGGCCCCGGCAGGUUGUUGUGACCAUGCCGGGAGAGGAACGACCCCCGCAGGUUGUUGUGACCAUGCCGGGAGAGGAACAGCCCCGGCAGGUUGUUGUGACCAUGCCGGGAGAGGAACGGCCCCGGCAGGUUGUUGUGACCACGCCGGGAGAAGAACGGGCCCGACAGGUUGUUGUGACCAUGCCAGGAUAAGAGCGGCCCUGGCAGGUUGUUGUGUUGUGACCAUGCCGGGCGAAGAACGCCCCCGGCAGGUUGUUGUGACCAUGUUGGACAAGUCUCUGUAGGUCUCGGGAGAAGAACGACCCACCCACGGGCCAUUCCACUUGAACCGUUGUGACAAGUGCCAUUCUGAUUGAGCUAU